CAUACACACACACAGACAUACACACACACAGAAAGAACCAGCCAUAUUGCACAAGGCACGUCCCAGCCCCAGCCCAGUCUGUCUCUGCUCUACUCUGUGUGUAGCCGCCGGGAGGAGAGGAUGAGAGUUGCUUUCCCACCUUCUCCAUCACCCCUGAGGGUUUGGACCCGAGGCUUUCUCCUUGUCCUGCUGUCCAGCGCCUGGGUGAACCUCUGCUUCAGUAUGGAGGUCACUGUGCCGGCCACCAUCAUCAGGCUGAAUGGCACCUCGGUCAAACUGAGCUGCACCUUCAACUCCUGUUAUAAGGUGGACAACAAGCAGUUCACCUUAAACUGGACUUACCAGGAGUGCAGCAACUGCACAGAGGAGCUGUUUGCCCUGUACAGGCGUAAGAUCAUUAUCCUGAAGACGGAGCAGUUCUGGGACCGGGUGGAGUGGUCAGGGAACCCCAACAAGAACGACGCCUCCGUCACCAUCCACGAGCUACAGCUCAGCGAUGAGGGUUAUUACAACUGCCACGUGCUGAACCCCCCUGACAGGCACAAAGGCCUGGGCACCAUCUACCUUAGCGUGGUCACAGAAGAGCCACCGAAACGUGACUCCACUGUGGCCGUGAUUGUGGGCUCUUCCAUCGGAGGCUCCAUUGCGGCCCUGAGCCUGACGUUAGUGGCUGUCAAGUGCGUGAGGAGGAAAAAGAAGCAGGAUCUUCAGUCUGAAGACCAGAAGAUGGAAGAAGAAGGGAAGACCGAGGGUGAAGAGAACGAGGAGGAAGGCACGAAGCAGCAGUGACUCCCGGGAUGAGCCACCGACUGAGAACGUAAAAGUUUAAACCGUUUCCUGCCACAAAGUUACGGAUCUGUGUAUCUCCCUGCGAGUUCAGCUUCACUCUGCCUGCACCACCUGCUCUGCUUUGCUCCAGACACUGAACGCUGUAUUGCUCUGAGUUUUCCCUUUCGUCGCUCCCUCCCUGCCUACGCGCCGCAUCCCAUCAGAAAUGCGACGCUCCCCCACCCCCCCCACACACACAC